AUGGCGAAGAUUGCCGAUAGGCUUGAAUGGCAACAUAUCCCCGAAGAGGAAGAAUGGCGCUGUGUGCUCCAUGGGAAGCUACUUUCGUUGAAGCAAGACACAUCGAACCUUUAUUAUCGCCAUUAUAAAUCUUUUUCUUUGACAUCGAUACCCUCUCCUCCAGACUCAAAAAUCUCGUCUCGAGCGCAGUCCGAUACAGAGUCUAGUGACAUCAAAGCACCUGGCGAUAAUGCGCUUGAUGACGAGGUUUUGCGUCUGAUCAAGCAUUAUUUGAAUCUGUCUCCGAGUCUAUCCAGCCUCUAUGAGCAAUGGUCUAGCAACGAUGCCAAUUUUAAGAAGAAGGCCGUCCAAUUCACGGGAAUUCGUAUCCUUCGUCAGGAUCCAUGGGAGGCACUCGUCUCGUUCAUAUGCAGCAGCAACAACAAUAUCGCUCGGAUCUCCCAAAUGGUGGAGAAAUUGUGUCUAAACUAUGGUGACUUCAUCGCCAAGAUUGGUGACCGCUCCUACCACGAUUUUCCAAACCCAGAGGCUCUCGCAGGCAACGACGUCGAAAGCAAUCUUCGCAGCCUUGGCUUUGGAUACCGAGCGAAAUACAUUCACCGCACCGCAGUCAUGGUCUCUCAGGAACGAGAGAAGGGGUGGCUUGAAGGUCUAUGUAACCCCGAGUCUCCAGUGUUUGGAGUCUUGCCGAAACCUGGCGAAACAAUGCAGCCUGAGGGACGACAAGGCUAUCGUAAUGCCCAUGAGAAUUUGCUAGAGCUGCAAGGUGUCGGGCCAAAGGUUGCGGAUUGCGUAUGUCUCAUGGGUCUCGGUUGGGGUGAAUCAGUCCCUGUGGAUACUCACGUCUGGCAAAUCGCACAGCGGGACUACCGAUUUGGUAAAAGCUCCCACAAAUCUUUGACCAAAGCGACGUAUGACGCGGUGGCCAAUCACUUUCGGAAGCUAUGGGGUCAAGAGGCUGGAUGGGCCCAUAGCGUGCUAUUCACAGCAGAUCUCAGGUCAUUUUCCGAUCGACUCGCAGCGACGAAGAAGGUUGACGUGUCCGUCAAGGAAGAUGGAGAGGAUAUUGAAGUCAAAACCGAGGUGAGAACUGCUGUGAUGUUGACAGCGCCGAAAGAAGAACUAGAUUCUGUCAACAUCAAAUCCGAAGAAACAGAGAUGAAGCCCAUGACCGAGGUGAUUCGGACAAGGAAAAGAAGGGGACCAAAGGAAGAGAUCGUCCAGGCUGCCCAUACGACUGAUACGAGGAGGGUAUCGAAGCGACUCCGGAAGAUCGGGGACCCAUGA